AUGGCUGGUCUGGUCCGCGUUCCCCCAUGUUUGGCUCCUGCUUCUUCUACAUCAAGUCCAGCAGGCAACAUCUCUAUCCUGGCUCCCUGUGUACUGGCUGUCAACCAGAACGGACUGCUUACUUCCCUACACAAGGACUCGCAUGAGGCCAUGGUAAGUUACCCUCUAAGCGAGGUCCAGUCCACCAGAACCCAGAGACCAACAGGGGGCGCUAGCUCCUCCUAUCCCUACGUAGACAUUCUGCUGGGAGACCUGCUGACACAGCGCAUCACACAGCUACAACUGGAGCAGGGUCUGGAGCUGUGUCGGGUUAUCGCCAUGCACAUGGAGAACAUGCUGUCUGUCCGGGAGAAGAGACUCACCCUGCCACCUAGUGAGAUCACUCUGCUAUAACACACUGUCUGGGAGAAGAGACUCACCCUGCCACCUAGUGAGAUCACUCUGCUAUAACACACUGUCUGUCUGUCUGUCCGGGAGAAGAGACUCACCCUGCCACCUAGUGAGAUCACUCUGCUAUAACACACUGUCUGUCUGUCUGU